CCCAAGUUUUUCCCGCCCAAGGAGUCACCGGAUAAGAAGCAACACAAGGGCUACAAGGUUAAAUAUGGUCCCAACCCUGUUGAUGAACAGGGUGUGGGCUGGGUUCUGGGCUCUGAACGCGUCCGCCCACGCCACGAUCUUGGUGCUUCGCCUUCUGCCGUGGCCAAUGCCAGCUCGCCGGCCUCCACCCCUGGUUCGGAUGCUGCUGGCUCCUUUGGUGGGCAUGUCAACAAGCAGUCCAACUUCGGGCGCAGUCUGCUCGGCAAGAAUGGUCUGGUCGAACACAAGUACCACCAUUUCCGCUCCAAAGCUCUCAAGGAUCGUUCCAAAAACGGCCCUGAGUCGCGGGACAUGCAGGUUCUUUAUCGCUUCUGGUCUUUCUUCCUGCGCGAGAACUUCAACCGCAAAAUCUAUCAGGAAUUCCGUCGUUUGGCUAUUGAGGACGCCAACAACGAUCAUCGCUAUGGCAUUGAGUGUCUUUUCCGAUUCUACUCGUAUGGCCUGGAAAUUUGCUAUCGCAAGAAGGUCUUUGAGGACUUUCAAGACCUGGUCAUCUCCGAUUUUGAGCAGGGUCAUUUGUACGGCCUGGAAAAGAUGUGGGCUGUGAUGCGUUAUCGCAAGUCAGGGCCUGCUCUCCCCUUUAAUGACAAGUUGCGCGAGUAUCUUGGUCGCUACAAGACGAUUGAGGAUUUCCGUGCUGAG